AUGAAAACCAAGCGUGCACUCCUUCUUGAUCCAGUACUAAGACUGCGGUUUCUUCUCGUCUUUUCUAUCUGCUGUCAGCCUGGGAGCCAAAAGUAUCUUGAAUCUCUUGAAUGGACACCUCAAAAUCCCAAGUGAGUAAAUAAUCCUCUAUUUUUUAAGAGUAUUGCUGUUAUGUUAUUAAGCUGUAAGCAGGUUUCUCCAGUAAGCGAGCAACACGAUCGAUUUCUACUCCAGCUCCUAGUGGAGCUACAGCACUGAUGGAGUAACUUGUUAACAAUCAAUGCCGUUUGAUUUGAAACAAUCCGAACAAUCAGGUAGUAAGGCUUAUAUAAUUAUGUUAUCAUCAUAAAAAUUCUGAAUGGAAGGGUUUUCACAGUUCCAAAGGAAACUGAAAGAACUAAUGAGGAUGAAUUUUAUAUUAUUUGAACCACGCAAUGAAGAAAUGUGCAAGGAAGAUCCUCGCUACACCGUAUACCUUGGCAAGCCUGGAUUUUUCAGGCUUUCUUUUCACAACUGCAUGAGCUGUGACUUAAACUGCAAGGUUCUUCCUUGUUACAUUUAUUUCUUCAUUCUGUGGUUCAAAUACAUGAAAUUCAUAUGUUCAUCAUUUCAUGACGUCACCUUUCCCAGAUACAUACAGUAAAAUUCCGAAAAUAAGCCCCUCCAUGUAUAAGCCCCUCCAAAUAUAAACCCCCCAAUCCGGUAAUGUAAAAAACUCUCCGUUAAAUCACCCCUCCGAAUAAAAACCCGCCAGGAGCUUGUACUUGGGAAAUUGCCCUCAAGUACAAAGUAAAACAAAGCAAAAACAGUAAAUUUACUUCCAACUUUAAGGCUAACCAUAUCGAUUUUGAAACACAAAUUUCUCCCCAUAGAUAAGCCCCUCCGAAUAUAAGCACCUCCAAAAAUAAGCCUUUCAAAGAGGGCCUUUGAAAAAUAUAAGCCCAGGAGCUUAUUUUCGGAAUUUUACAGUAAUUACAAACCAAUUUAAUGACCAGCUCCCAGUUGGCUUGCUAGCUCAAUUAGUUAGAGCACUGCACCAGUAUUGUAGAUGUCAGGGUUCAAAUCCCGACAGGUGACAAGGUCCUAAAAACUGGGAACCAUCCUCUAAGAAAGUACAAACAAUGGCCAAAAAAGGAGGAAAGAAUAAGGAAAGAAUAGUGACAGCGACAAUCCAUUUUUUUAAGUAGUGAAGGUGACGUCUGUUAAUUUUUCCUUUUUGGCUGUUUCAGCAAGGAAAUAGCAAACUCUCUUGCAUUAUUUCCAAACAUUUUCUGUCAUUUUCUUUGGUACAUUUUCUAUUCCGGUAUUUUUUGGAGAACGGUCCCUCACAAGCAAAAGGUAAAUAACAAUAUAAAUAUUCAGUAUGCUAUACCUGCCAUUGGUUCCAAGCAACCUCGUCCCCGGGGCUUUUCCCUUAAAUGGGUGGGGCGGGAAAAUUGAGUGUCACCAAAACUUAUGCUGAACCGAGAGCAACAUUUUCAUCGUAAGUAGAAUGUGACAGCGACAUUUUUUGCUAACCUACCAGGCACAGGCGGUCUCAGAAAUGACCAGCAGAGCAACAGCAUACCCCCCCCCCCCACCCCUUUGAAGGCCUCAUAUAUACACAAAAUCCAGAUAUUUAUAUUGAUGACUCAAUAAUACACCUGCUUUGAUGUAAGGUACACUAGUAAGCUUACUUUGAAUCAAAAUUUCUUACUCACUAUUUCUAGCUGUUAUUUUAAAUGGGAGUGAAUACGGAUACAGUUGCCCCCCCCUGUGGAAAUAAUAGAAAGAAGAAAAGGUACAAUUGAAUGUAUUCAGAACAUUCUUUAUAGUAAAGUAUGAUACCGGGCAGUAAUGCAUUUUAAAACGUUUUUUGUGCUGUCAACAAAGUAAAAUACAAGUAGGCAGCACUGUGUCACUUGGCUUUGUUUAACUGUUGGAAAAUUGAAAACUAAAACGAAACUGGCUAAUUUUUAAGGAGCUGUGUCACCGAGCUGUCUAGCUCAAUUUUGUUAAAAAUCUCAAUAAUAUUAUUCACCCUUACUCACUAUGCAACUUGCGAAAUAACUUGUACAUGACAAAAUCAGAGCUUCAUGUCGAACAGAUAUGCCUCCCAAGCCUUUUAUCAAAUGUCACAGCAAAAAAAUAAUAACUUAGAAAAACUGUUCAGUUAAGAAGUUUCCAAAUACCACAAAUUAUUGCAAUCAGUUUCAAUCUUCUUUAAGUUCGUCCAACCGUGCCUCCUUUUGUAUUUGCUGCAUAUUUAUACAUUCUUUUCAUGUUUUGAACAGUUACGUAUUUUUAUAUUCCAUUCAGUUUGUGACACAGGUCCUUUACAUCCUGGGCAUCAUUAAUAUUUUUACAUCAACAUAGGAUUAAAAAGUAGUACAACUUGAUCACACAAGCUUUGUAAUGCAGCAUACUAGUAUAAUGUUGUAGUUCAUUAAUUAUUUUGUGCUUGGUUCAAAUGUUAUUUUCCUGUGUUUUAAACUCAUUAUCAUAAAUAUUAAUAUAAGAAAUGAAAGAAAAUAGAAUUUAAACCAAGCAUAAAAUUGAACCAUAUCAGUAUAUGUAGGUACAGUGUAUUUAAAGUUUUCAGAGCUCAACGCAUUGAAUGGAAGCUAAAUAGGAAGAAAAAGGGAAAGAAAAAGGAAUCUUUUUUUUUAUAUUCCUGUGGCUCAAAAUUUUCCUAAAUUCAGUGGAAGCCUUAUUUGGAAAAAAAGUUGAUGUAGUCUAGAUACAUGUACAUGUAAUAAGAAGAUCAAGACAUUUCUGGACACAUCUAGCCACACACCUUAAAAGCAGAAAAAAUAAAAGGUGUUGUACUGCCUGAAAACAGAGCACGAGUCAGUUCUUUCCAAAAGUGAUGUGGUGGUUUUUGGGGUUACAGUGACUGAAAACAGUCCGUAUUUUUGCGUAGAUUCAAGUAUGCACGAACAGUCAAACAAAAGCUGAAAACGGAGAGCAAGCCUGGAAAGAGGCACUAAAAAUACAGACUGUCUGUUUUGCAUACGUCAUGUUCGUUCCAAUUACCCUCUUCUCCCAGCCACGGGCAAUUCCAAUUGGCUAAAUUUUGAUGCAAGCUGUUAACAAGCGGUCAAUGCGUCUCCUAAUGUGAAUCUACAUCCAGUUGCGUUACUUUCAGUGCCAUAAUUUAAUUAAUACAGCACUUUUAUCUUUUAUCAAUCAUUAAGUCAUUGAGCAGAAAUGUAAAACUACCGGUACUGGUAUGUUUCGAACAAGUCAUUUGUGAUGUUCCCUACUGUGAUGAAUUUACUGUCCGUUGGCGUGAUUAGUUGUGAAAGAAUUGCAGCAAAGUUUCUAACCUUUGUUCCACACAACGAAAAAAAAUCUUAUGGAGAAAAAUUCUCCCUCGUCGAGGGCAACCAAAAGUUCAUUUGUCGGAAGGAUGGCUAACUUUGGUAACGUUUCACUUUUUUCUAGUAGGGGCAAUAAACAUGUUUCAGAGCUUAUCCAUUCUCUCUUAAAAUUGCCAAACUGUGUUUUGAAACAACAGCCACACAUUCUACAAUUAUUUGAAGUGCUCGGCUCAGCUUUCUCCCUCUUUGAGGAACAGGAACAGGCUUUGUCAGCGUACUGCCACUUCUACUCAUUUUUGAUCUUCCAGAAAACACGACAUUGCACACGGAAACAAUGCUCAAGACUGCUUUGCAAUUAGUGGAUACAGUGUUCACCACAAGAUUCAAAGCGAAGUGCCAACAAUAACACGUGCUAUUCUCUUGCAAAAUCAAUCAUUGGGUGUAUCAAAUUUACAAAGAGGGCAGAGUUGUGGAGAGAUUUUUGACACCUUGACAACGUUUUUGAACCCCCUGGUCAGAAUGAACUUAUUGUAUGGAAAAUGGACAGUCGGUUUCUUUUCUCUCGCCUCACAGGCUUGUGCUCUUCGCCCACAUGAGGCUCUGAUGCUACUCUUACUCUACUCUAAACCGAUUUUGAGAAAAAACCGACUGUUUUGCAGUCUACUGUUGCCUGUUUAUAUGCAUUUUCCUUUUUCCUUUUUCUACAGCCAUAGCUCCUUUAUUUAUUUAUCUAUUCAUUUUUCAUUUAUUUAUUCUUAUUUUCUUUUUAAUUGAUCUUUUGCCUCUGACAGUGAAUCAAAGUGGUGAUGGGGGAUGAAAAUAUGUAGAACUAACUCUCAGAUUCCAUUAAACCCUCCCUUAGUACACUCUGUAGAACAGCAAUAUGGGUUCUUUAACAUCCCACCAUUGUCAGAUUGAGUCGGAUUAGUAAAACUGCUAUAAGUCAGAUGAGGCCUAUUUAUACAAGUUCCCAACCCAGUGAUGUGGGUUUAUUUUCAAUAACAACACUUUAUUUCUUUUUUAAAAGAACAAUAUUUCAAACAUUGACAACGUGCAGUUAGCAUAGCUAAUCGAGGCUUGUGGUCAGAAAUAUCCUACCCGAUCUUCUCUCAAUGAUGAUUUCUAUACCGAACACUCAAGGCUUGAAAAAAUGUGUAGUUCUUUUCUAAGAGUUGGACCAAUAAUCUGGAAUUCUUUACCCUCAGAUAUGAGAAACUUACCAAAAUGUACCUUUCGGAAAAAGACAAGGAAUAAGCUCUUUGAAAUUUUAUCUAAAUCUGAUGACUAUCUUGAAAUCACUGAAAUCAUGCAUCAACUUAAAUUUAACUAGCUCAGGAACACAACUAAAUUUAUAUUCUCUGUGUAAAUCAUAUUGCAGUUAAAUUAGCUUAAUACAUACUAUAGUUUUUAUUUUGCGACAGCUGGUACUGUUUGUAAAAUAGUUCUUUUUUUCUUUUCUUUCUUUAAAUUUGUGUGUCUCUUCCCCCGCCUCGAUUAGGCUCUCCCAUACGCGGGUGGAAGCUAUUGUGUAAUUGUAAAUUGAAAGUGAAUGAAUAAAGUUGAAGUUGAAGUUGAAGUUGAAGUUGAAUAAGAACUAAAAUAACAUUUGCGCCUAGUAAUAUGACUGAAAGGAAAGUUAUCAUAUAAACAGUUAGUUGAAGAGUGGUUUGCCGAGUUGUUAUUACUGCAGUUUAUUUAUUGGGUGUUUCUCCGCCUUGGAACAGACCUUGGCUUAUUCAUGAUACACGCCGGGGGUACUUUUUAGGAAUUUCUGGGUGGGGAUCGAUAUGCUGCUGGGAGCCUGGAACCCUUAACCUAUAACAGAGCUAGUUCAGCUAAAUUUUGCUACCCUAUACUAGAGUAAACUCCCCAAAUCCCCCCUAUCCUAGGGUAGCUGUUCCGUAGGCCUAGAUAAAAUCUUCAACCAACUGAUCAGUUUCCUGAAAAAUGAUACCCUAUUCUAGACCCAAACGUUCUGAUUUAUAUACCUUAUUCUAGAGUAAACUGCUUGAAAACCAUACCCUUUACAGCGGCACAUACCUAUAUAGCCCAUAUAUGGCAGUACCCCCCCCCUACACGCCAUCUUUGCAGACACUUUAACGAAUUAUGGGAUAAAAGCAAUGUCGCAUGGUAUUUCAGCAGGCAAACAAGUAAUAAAUCUGCCACUACAAGUAAUCGAUAGAACUGGAAUGUGGGGAUUCUAUUUCAAAGGUUUAUGACCACCCAACAUCUGGCUAGGUGUUAACUGCUCUUACUAUUAACUUGUUAAGAUUCCAGUUCUCAAAUGAAUCAUUUGAUGGAGGAAGAGCAUACUACAGACUUUCAGUGCCACAAUACAAUAGUCUGAUGGUGAUCUGUCCCAACCCUACAACUUAUCCACAAGGUUCACAAGAGCAUGUGGCUCGUGAAAGACGUUAUGAAAAUCUUUGGUAUGUAGAUAAAGAAAGCUUUGAAGCAUGCAAAGUUGGAUCCCCAAAAGACAAAGCAAUCAACAGUCGUCUCCUUGAGUGUGACAAACCAACAGAACUUAAGUUUGAAAAACUGGUCUUUCAGCCAUUCAGUCCUUCUUCGCAAAUGUCAUUUCAUCCUGGUACAAAACAUUAUUUUAUUGGUAAGUGAUGUCACACAGAGUCAAAUCAGCAUGCUCAUUUUAUAACAGAGCAGAUAGAGGCUAGCCUUUUAGUUUUGGCAACAAAAAAAUUUAUUAAUGACUCCACGAUAUAGCCUGAGACUAACGUUAAAAAUUUACACAAAAAUAAGAACAGACUCAAUGUAGAGAGCAUUUAAAUUAAGUUUAAAUGUGAUUUGAUUUUUUUCAAUUUUGUUCCGAUAUUCUGCCUUAUUCCACAUAAAUGCUAUUCUACCUUCUAUAUUGUGUAUUGCUCACAUUUUUGUUUUUAAGACCUGCAUUACUGUUUUUAACACCAUUUAAUGUACAGCAAUCAUUAUAAAACUUUGCCACUAGAAUUAGGUGAUUUACAAUGACAAAAUCUUCUCCUGCAUAAAAUAAAACAUUGACAACUGACAAAGGUUCUAAUUUGAUGUUAGAGAGAUUAAGAUUCACGUUAACACCAAACAGCAAACAGAAAUAUGUACCAUGUGACCAAGUUUUUCCCUUAAAUGUCAUUAACUGUUUAUUACUUCAACUAAAAAAAUAAGUAGUUUCAUGCCAGUUUUACACAUACAAAUUGUACCGGACAGUUUUUAUCUGCUCAUUUUCUAUUCUGAGAAAUUCUCAACUUGAAUCAGACGUUUGCCAUUUGGCAUAAACGUGAAUCUUCCACAAGUCAAGAACAGAGAGCUACCCAGAAGGAUCCUUUUAUUUUACAAUUGUAAAAAAGAUGCUCAAAUCUCGUCUUUGUAAAAGGUACAUUGUGGUGAAUCAAUCAUCUAAAUCUUAAUAACUUUUCAUUAGUGAAAUUAAUGUCGUUCAGAACCUUACAUUGGAAUUCUCUUAUUUUUGUUUCUAGUGUCAGAAGCUAGCCUUCAUCCCAGAUAUAAUAUAACCCUGGCUAGCAGCUUCUGCCAAAUGAUCACAACAUUCUUAAUUCUUCUAGACCCCAACCUUGCUCCCAGGCGGGAAGAUGAGAGACCCUGGGAACGAGGUUGCUAGACCCCCAGCAGACUCAACAAAUUACUGGAAGUGAAUUAGAAUUUCUUUUAAACCUGAUUGGUCAGUCAAACACAAGCAUUUUUAACAGGCCAUUCAUGGUGUGUACUCAAAUCCUGGUACACAGCUGAGGACCUACAAUCGUCAUCAUAAAUCUUGAAACACUUGUGUGAUUUUCCACUCCUCAAUGUUGAUUUGGGUUUGCAGUCAUUUCAGUGCUCCAAAAUACGCUCAGCGCAACAUUGGGAAGGGAGAAGGGGCACAUUUGAGUGAGAACAAAGAUGUGAAGAGUGAAUGUAAGAAAUUUGGAAAAAAUUCAAGACAAAUGGCUCCUGUUUUAAUGAUUUGUGACGAGUAUUGUAGAACAAGGAUUUCAGGGCUGGCUCACAGAAGGAAUUCACAGAAGGUUUAUUUAGGCUAGCAGAGGCCUGUGCAGGAGGCUGUAUGAAAUUAAAAAUGAAAAAUGCUUUGAUUUUUUAUGAAAUCAUCUCAACUAAGGAGAUUUGAAGAUCAGUCGUGGAGAAUUUGUAGGUGGGUGUUAGGGUCUGAAUCAUUAAAUUUUUCUUUAUUAUUCAUGCAGCUACCAGUGAUGGGUCAAUGUUGUCCUUGAAUAGAACUUCAGGAGGCCAUUGCAGUGACACCGCAAGGGGGAUUUCAAUGAGGAUGCUAAUUUACAUUUGCCACGAUAAGACAGGUUUGAAUGUUUUUAUGAAUAAGAGAUCUAGAGAAUCAAUGAAAUAACUAAUAACCUGGCUCUUUAUUCUCAAUACAAGGAUUUUAGCAAUCGGGGUAAAGUUGCAUGUGUGUUGAACAAAAUGAAAGUGCCAGAACCUGCAUGAGAGCGACUUUAUCCAGCAGCUAAACUCAUUGUUUUUUUUUUUUUCUAUCCUUAUAGAUCCUGCAUGCACCAGUGUAAAGACAGAUCCUCCAACUCCUCGGACUGUGAUAUUUACCAAUGGGACCACAAACAAACCUCUCCUUGCAGCUACACAAGCUGCAAGGAGAUCAUUUCCAAUUGGUUAGUUACUAUACAUGUACACUUAGUUUAUCACCAAUGCAUCACAUGUGACCCAAUUAGUAAGUCUGGUUUAUUAAUAAAAUCAUCGCACUUAGAAAUAAGCGGAUUGCAAAAUUAUUUUACAAAGAUAUAGAUAUUAAUCAAAAAAAAAUUAAUUAAUUUAAACUAAUUACAUCGUGCUCAAAAUGGACUGGGACUUACAAUAAUAUUAUGAGAAGAUACAAUACAAUAAACUAGAUAAAAAAACUAGAAACUAAAAAUAUAUAUCAAGUUAUACAUUAAAUUCCCAUAAGGUCCUAAAUUACAUGCCAUAAGCAUAAAGGCACAUCGCCAGAGAAAAGCUUUGUUUAAGACGUUCAGUUUUGCAACUUAUAAGGGAUGAUCUGUCUUUGUUGCGAAGAGAGCGGCCGUGCACCUACGACUGAGUCGGUGGAACAAGAUGACGAAGACGGGACUCGGGCUCUUUUAUCUUUGUGAAUAAUUUGCUACACAACUCCAUCCUUCUUGUGUGAAGUGGUACACACCUGGUAGUACUUAACUAAGGUCUCUUGGUAGUGCCUUAGUCACAACCUCAUUAAUGUGCAGAUCCCAUUUGAGAUUACUUUGGAUUGUAACACCCAAUACUUUAUGGGCAUCGGCUGACUCAAGGGCCUUAGUGCCUAUGGCCAAGGCUGAUGGGAGAUGGUCCACGACUCUACAAAAAUGCAAAGUCAUCUCCUUGCACUUUUUGGGGUUAAGAACCAUAUUGUUUGUAGCAGCAGCCCGAGUGCUGAUGUUGUCAAGUUCCGAUUGCAAAAUUGACACCCCGCGUGCCGCUGCAAAUUCUGAUUUUGUGACGUCAUCUACAUAUUUCCAGUAUGAGCAACACGAGGAGGCCAAUUUCAAAUUGUUAAUCAUUAUUACAAAGAGUAUAGGACCCAGUUUGGUCCCUUGAGGGACACCGGCAUGUACUGGGAGCCAGUUGGAGACGGUCUGCCCUAGUUUCACACAUUGCCACUGAUCUGUUAGGAAACUGCAGAUCCAUGGUAUGAUAGAAGUGAAAUUACCAAAACGCGUGAAAUUACCAAAACAAACCUAAAACCUUAUAGUUAGCAUUUCAAUAUAUUAGACGUGGGCUAUUUAAGGCUUUGAAAGCUCAAAUGUGCUAGGUGGGAUAAAUUAUUUCACAGGCAUGAGUUGGUGUGAGAUAGGUCCAUGCCAGAGUUAUGGUAGUUGGCAGCUUUACAUCUGAGUUUCUUAGUACAUUGCAUCCUGUGGUUUUGUCACCAAUGGUGUUUCCUGGGACUCAUCUUGUGAAACAUCAUGAGUCCCAGUCCAGAACCAAUGGCCCCAGUUCAAAAAACAAGAGUCAUAAUAAUAGCCACAGAAAUCACACAAACAGGAUAUUCUACAAACACAUCUUCAGAUUGAUUAAUCAAUCUUUGUGUCCUAUGAGACGUAUGCCAUGAAUGGGGGAUUCUUAUGCAUCAGGUAUUUAGGAUACAGAGGCAACAAAAUCACUGUGUAUGUCAUGAUUUUGAAUUCAUGCAGCCUAAAUUGUUUGUUUGGUUACUUUAUAGACACUUGGCAGCUACUGGCAAUCAUAUUAGCAGUAUGCAUUGCUUGUUCUUUAGUGAUUCACAGCAUAUGCUUAUUCAUUGUUUGGUAA